UAACAGAAUGGAAAUAUCAGAAAUUUUAAAUUUAGUUAAUGUUGACAGAGGACAUUUGUAAUGCAUUCAAAUUCUGGAUUCGAUCCAAGAUUAACAGAGCCUGCUGGAAGAAUACGUCUGAAUAAUGAACCUUUAACUAAUGUGCCUUACACCUUGAACUUGCACGGAUAACCUUGGUAAACAAUUAAUUCAGGAUUCAUCAUACAGGUUCAUCACAAACUUGAGGGUAUUUUAGAACUACGCAUCGCCAGACAAUAAACUCACACGACAUCAGUGUAACGAAAAUGACCGUAAAAACAAAGACUGAAUUGCAUUUCCUUAGUUUUGUAUGGUUUUACUCCUUAAUCGUCACACAGGGUAGGAUAUACAGCGCAGUGGACACGAUUCUGCCAGUGAAUGGCUGCCCCACUACAAGAGAAGAAUGGAUGAUGGCAUCUACGAAGAAGAACUGUUCAGCAAUAAGUAGCACAAAUGGCACGGAAUUAGAGUACCACUGUGUUAUCAACGAGUGGGCCAACGCAACGGUAGAAGUGUGCACAGCAAACAGAAUAAUUCUAUUCGGUAAAUGUUCAGAAUAUAAUCACGGAGCCAAGAGAAUUCAAAGCAGUGGAAUGAAAAUCUGCUCCAACUUUACCCCUCCCUGUCCAACAGUGUAUAACUCCUCGGACGCCUACAUGUAUCAAGGUUGUUACAAUUUUUCGACGACUUUGAAUGAAAUCUCUGAAUCAGCUAAUCCUCCUCGUCCCCAGACUGACGGUGCAUCCGGUCUAAUGCUGGGAAUGAUUGUGAGCUCAGUGUGUUUAGUAGCAGUGCUCUUCAUAGCUGGAAUCGCUGUAUAUAAGCGGUAUUACAAGAGGAACAUAUACUAUGAUUCAGAUGAAAGCAGUCAGAGUUUGAACCGAAACUGAAAAUCAACUGCAGCGAAUAGAUUCUGUCCAUAAACCUCGCAUUCAAUGCAGCUUCCGGCUUACAUUUAUUUAUAAUUGUAACGCUCCACACAUAUCAUGUCUGCUUUGUUUAUCUGUUUGUAUAGACAUAACUGCAUUGAGAGUAGAGCGUGUGAAGUCAAUUACUCGUUUUCACUGUCAGUCUAUGAGAAGUCAAGCGUGUUUUUGUUGUCCGAUUAGCGUAAUUUAUGUCUGUGAUAUAUCAUUUCUUUUGCUCUAUGUAUACCUAAAAUGAAAUAAAAAAGGACGAGUUUAAACAUUAACCUAACAUUACGACGAUGAUAACGGUAAAUUCCCAAAAUUUAUCAAAAGUGCAACAUUCCGCUUUCAGUAAAAAGUAAUUAUUUAACAUCUAAACACGAAAACAUUUCAGUGUUUCACAUUUUACACCGAUUUCUUCGAAUAUAUAAUAAUAAUAAUAAGAAAUGUUUCUUAACAGAAUAUUCCAGCAGUAAUGUCAGUGUAUGUAACUUUAUUACCCACCAUUCUAAAAGCAUGCGGCAUAUUGUUAUACUUUAGCAGUUUAAUUUAGUAUAUAACCGAUGAAAAUCAGAUCUACCAUGCUAGAUGGAUUUUUUCUGUUGAACAAAAUUGUCAAUGAUUGAAAUCAACCUACCCUCAUAAUACGAUGGAUUCCCAGGGUUUCACAUGUAUAUGUAUAUUUCAUGACAUGUGUUUGAAAUACUCCAUAUUUUGUCGAUAUUUACAUGUGUAUGACACAAUUGACAAUUUUGUUUUACUUGUGUCAUUGUCGCUGGAUGUGUGGAUAUGACAUCAUGAGUUUACAUUGAUAUAGAUACACCACAUAUUGAACGACAGUAAUAUCUUUUUAACUCAUCUGUGUGGUUCUUAUCACUAGUUUGAUAUUCUAUAGUGAUCAAUCUAAUAACUCAUAUAAGGAAUAUAAAACCAAGAAUUGGGCAUGAACCCAUGAAUAUACCAGGGGUGGGAUUAGAUGCCUAGGAGGAGUAAGCAUUCAUUGUCAAAUAGUCACACCCGUCUUGAGCCCUAAGUCUUGAUAAGGUAAAUGGAGUAAUCCGUAGUCAAAAUCAGUGUGCCAAGAACGGUCUGACAUUGGGUAUGAAACACGACAGACAGCAUUCAACCCAAUGACAGGUUGUACUGGCAAACUAAAUCGUUAUAAUGACCAUAACAUUUGGGAAGCGCUCACUUUAAACGAGACUGUUGAAACUCUUGUAACAUGAACUUUUUUGUCAGUAGCCUUUCUCGAUUUGAAAACUGAUCAUACGCAGAACAAGCUCUUAUGUAUCGAAUCAGUUGAGAGAUAUAGACUCCAUAUGCAGGUGAUAUUGAAAUAUUACUACACAAAUAUGGGAAGUCAGCAAUGGAAAAGCUGAGGUCAUCCCGUUUUUCAUAAAAUCAUGUUGUUAGUUUGCCGUUAGCAUAUAUGUGGAAAACAAUCUAAGUAUGAAGCGGAUUUGAAAGACUCUGUUGUGUUUUUUUUUUAGUUUACUGGGAUAUAUCGAAAGUAUAUAUAUGAAUAAAAAUGAAUAUUUUCAACAGCUCAGCUAAAAUGAAAUAAAAGAUUUGAAUAAU